GAGAUUAAAGCUGGUUCCCGAAGCUCACCCCAGCCCAUGUCACCCUCUGAUUUCCUGGACAAGCUUAUGGGACGAACCUCAGGGUAUGACGCCCGCAUUCGACCCAACUUCAAAGGUCCGCCCGUCAACGUGACGUGCAACAUCUUCAUCAACAGCUUUGGUUCCGUCACCGAGACCACCAUGGACUACCGUGUGAACGUGUUCCUGCGGCAGCAGUGGAACGAUCCCCGCCUGGCAUACCGGGAGUACCCUGACGACUCCCUCGACCUCGACCCCUCCAUGCUCGACUCCAUCUGGAAGCCAGACUUGUUCUUUGCCAAUGAGAAAGGGGCCAAUUUCCACGAGGUCACCACUGACAACAAGCUCCUGCGCAUCUUCAAGAAUGGCAAUGUGCUCUACAGCAUUAGGCUGACACUGAUCCUGUCCUGCCCCAUGGACCUCAAGAACUUCCCCAUGGACAUCCAGACAUGCACCAUGCAGCUGGAGAGUUUUGGCUACACUAUGAACGACCUCAUCUUCGAGUGGUUGGAGGAGCAGGAGGCCGUGCAGGUGGCAGAGGGCUUGACACUCCCACAGUUCAUCCUCAGGGAUGAGAAGGACCUGGGCUAUUGCACCAAGUACUACAACACAGGCAAGUUCACCUGCAUUGAGGUGAAGUUCCACCUGGAGAGGCAGAUGGGUUACUACCUGAUCCAGAUGUACAUCCCCAGCCUACUCAUUGUCAUCCUCUCCUGGGUCUCCUUCUGGAUCAACAUGGAUGCGGCGCCAGCCCGGGUGGGCUUGGGCAUCACCACAGUGCUCACCAUGACCACGCAGAGCGCCGGCUCCCGGGCCUCCCUGCCCAAGGUGUCCUACGUGAAGGCCAUUGACAUCUGGAUGGCCGUGUGCCUGCUCUUCGUCUUCGCCGCCCUGCUUGAGUAUGCAGCCGUCAACUUUGUCUCCCGCCAGCACAAGGAGUUCAUGCGCCUGCGCCGCCGCCAGCGACGGCAGAGGAUGGGCCUGAGCAGCGGGACGGCCAGCCUGGAGUCCCUGCGGCAGCUGAGCAGCCGGCACAGCAGCGAGCACACCUACGCGACGCUCUCGCAGCUCUCCAGCUCCCGGGAGGAAGAGCUCAGCCGCGAGAGCCGCUUCUACCUGCGAGGCUACGGGCUGGGCCACUGCCUGCAGCCAAAGGAGGGGGCUGGGGAGGGCCCUGGCGUGUACAGCCCCCCACCAGCCAGCGCUGUGCUGCGGGAAGGGGAGAGCCUCCGCAGGCGCUACAUCGACCGCGCCAAGCGCAUCGACACCAUCUCCCGAGCCGUCUUCCCCUUCACCUUCCUGGUCUUCAAUAUCUUCUACUGGGUCGUUUACAAAGUGCUGCGCUCAGAGGACAUCCACUUGGUGCCCUGAGGCUGGAAAAGUAUGACUGCCUCUUGGUGUGACCCCCCCCCACAGUGUGCCCAGGUGCUACAAGCUCAGCCAGAACUACAUUUCCCUCUGUCCCGGAGCAAUGGCACAGCUGGGCUGGGCCUCGGAGCCUGGACAUGUGACAGCCCCCGUGUCCCACUGGAUUCCGUGGUGCAAAGUGGGGGGAUCAACAAUCACAGGUCCCCAUGGUCAGCUGGAGAGAGGGACCCCUCCUGCUUCCUGCAUGGUGUCAUCCCCAGGUACCCUGGGAUGCU